AUGGCAACGGCGGCGCCGGCGAAAUUCCCCACGGUGGACAACUGCGACUCAACAGGGCGGGAAAACCACACGGUGGUGGCCGACAUGGACGGGACCCUCCUCAUCGGCCGGAGCUCGUUCCCAUACUUCGCCCUGGUGGCGUUCGAGGCCGGCGGCGUCCUCCGCCUCCUCCUCCUCCUCCUCGCCUCUCCGCUCGCCGCCAUCCUCUACCACCUCGUCUCCGAGAGGGCCGGCAUCCAGGUCCUCAUCUUCUCCACCUUCGCCGGGAUGAGGGUCGCCGACAUCGAGUCCGUCGCGCGUGCCGUCCUCCCCAAGUUCUACACCGCCGACCUCCACCCGGAGUCGUGGCGGGUCUUCAGCGCGUGCGGCAGGCGCGUGGUCCUGACCGCCAACCCGCGGGUCAUGGUCGAGCCCACGCUCAGGGGCUUCCUGGGCGCCGACCUCGUGCUCGGGACGGAGAUCGCCGCUUUCCGAGGGCGCGCCACCGGGUUCGUGAAGGGCGGCGCGGCUGGGGUGCUGGUCGGGGAGAGUAAAGCACACGCGCUAAGGGGGGCGCUGGGAGAGGAUUGCCAGCCGGAGAUUGGGCUCGGCGACCGGCGUACCGACGAACCGUUUAUGGCGCUUUGCAAGGAAGGGUUCAUGGUCCCACCGGACCCGGAAGUCCGACCCGUCUCCGCCGACAACCUCCCGAGACCCGUCGUCUUCCACGACGGCCGCCUCGUCCAGAAGCCGACCCCGCUCACCGCCCUCCUCACCCUCCUCUGGCUCCCCGUCGGCUUCCCACUCGCCUGCCUCCGCGUCGCCGCCGGCUCCCUCCUCCCCAUGCCCUUAGUCUACCACGCCUUCACCGCCCUCGGCGUCCGCGUCACCGUCCGCGGCAAUCCCCCUCCGCCCUCCUCCUCCUCCGGCGUCCUCUUCGUCUGCUCCCACCGCACCCUCCUCGACCCGAUCUUCCUCUCCGCCGCCCUCGGCCGCCCCGUCCCGGCGGUCGUCUACUCCGUCUCCCGCCUCUCCGAGCUCAUCUCCCCGAUCCGUACCGUCCGCCUCAGCCGCGACCGCGCCGCCGACGCCGCCAUGAUCCGGAAGCUCCUCGCGGAGGGCGACCUGGCGAUCUGCCCCGAGGGGACCACGUGCCGGGAGCCGUUCCUUCUGCGGUUCUCGGCGCUGUUCGCGGAGCUGACCGACGAGAUCGUCCCCGUCGCGAUGGUGAACCGGAUGGGGAUGUUCCACGGGACGGCGGCGAGAGGGUGGAAAGGGAUGGACCCGUUCUACUUUUUUAUGAACCCGAGCCCGGCGUACGAGGUGACGUUUCUGAGCAAGCUGCCGGCGGAGCUGACGUGCGGGUCGGGGCGGAAGUCGGGCCAUGAGGUGGCGAACUACAUACAGAGGGUGAUUGCCGCUACGGUGUCGUAUGAGUGUACGAGCUUUACGAGGAAGGAUAAGUACAGGGCGCUGGCUGGGAACGACGGGAUCGUUGGCGUUGCUAGCUAA